AUGCCGGCGCAAAGUGAGAAAAGCCAACUCAAGCGAAGCCGCUUGUCUCAGGGCGAGGAAGCAGACCCAAAGAGGACCCGCCUGUCGCCUCCUCCCACCGCUAGUCGCCUGAAGCAGGGCCCGCUGCCUUCGCCCGUCACUCACAAGGAAUCGACUGGAGAGCCUUCGCAGGAACCCAAAGAGGGCACCCAGAGCCCUCCGUCCAACCGUGCGCCCAGCCAGGCCGUCCGUGGCGGGCUCUCCUCGCCACCGCCGUCCGACACGCAGCCCUUUUCGCAAUUCGUCUACCCGCCCGAAAGCCGGACGUACGCUGUCGAGGAUGAGGAAGGCGAGGAGGUGUGGGGGUACUUGGUGCCCAUGGACAGCAGCAGCGGUGAUGUAAUGGUCCUGCGCCGUCGACAGGCAUGCCCGGUUCCCAGUGCGCUGGUUGCGCAGACCAACGGCAAAGAGCAUGUAAGCAAGGGCGAGUUCAAGGGCCAGGAAGAAAAGUACGAGCAGGAGAAGCAAGAGCGCGGCAUUCCAGCAGGUGGAUAUUUGAUCGGCCGUCACCGGGAGUGCGACAAGGUCCUUGGCUCGCCCACUGUUUCGAACCGACAUUGCCUGCUCUUCACUGAGAAGAAAGGCGGUGAUGCUAUCGCCGUACUCGAGGACCUGUCUGGCAACGGAACCUUUGUCAACGACACGUUGGUUGGACGGAACAAGCGACGCGAGUUGCGCGAAGGCGACGAAAUCGCCAUUCUCGACGAAGCCCGCUUUGUCUUCCGAUACCCGCUCAAGCGCAACACACACCGGUUCCGGCAGCAGUAUACCAUGCAAGAGCAGCUGGGCAAAGGCCAUUUCGCAUCCGUGUACCUCUGCGCAGAAAAGGCGACAGGCAUACGAUAUGCUGUGAAGAAAUUCGAGAAGCGGAGCGGUCCCAAUGAAAAGUCAAAGGUUGAGGGUCUGCAGCAGGAGAUUGCCGUGCUCAUGAGCGUGAGCCAUCCAGCACUUCUUUGCCUCAAAGACACGUUUGACGAAGACGACGGGGUCUACCUGGUCCUUGAGCUGGCAACAGAGGGCGAAUUAUUCAACUGGAUCGUGAUGAAGCAGAAGUUGACCGAGAGUGAAACGCGCAGGGUCUUUGUGCAGUUGUUCCAGGCGGUUAAGUACCUACAUGAGCGCAACAUUGUACAUCGAGACAUCAAGCCCGAAAACAUUCUGCUCACCGACAAGAACCUUUCUGUCAAGUUGGCCGACUUUGGUCUCGCCAAGAUUAUUGGCGAAGAGUCGUUUACGACUACGCUAUGCGGCACUCCAUCAUAUGUUGCGCCCGAGAUUCUAGAAAACUCGAAUCACCGCCGGUACACGCGCGCUGUCGACGUCUGGUCACUAGGAGUUGUCCUGUACAUCUGCUUGUGUGGUUUCCCUCCAUUCUCAGACGAGCUGUACAGUGCCGACAACCCGUACACGCUGUCCCAGCAGAUCAAGCUGGGCCGAUUCGACUAUCCCUCACCGUACUGGGACUCUGUGGGCGACCCCGCACUGGACCUCAUCGACCGCAUGCUCACGGUUGAUGUUGAGCAACGAAUCACAAUCGACGAAUGUCUGGAGCACCCAUGGACUACGCAGGGCAAGAUCAACGUCAAUGAUAGUACUGACGGCUUGACGGGCGCCAUCUCCAAGCUGGACUUUUCCAAGCGCAAAGUGCAGCGGGAGCGCACGAUGCUCAGCAGUAUCAACGACGUCAAGGUAUCGCGUGUCAUCCAGGGAACCGAAGGCCAGGAUGCAGUCAAGGUGUACGAGAAGAACGGGGCAGAGAAGAACGGUACCAAGACCAGCACCAAGGCUCGUGCCGUUGCAGAGGUGCAGCCUGCUGCGCAGCGACACCCUGACGAGUUCGUGGAGAUGGGCGGCAAAGGUGACCAGACGCUGUACUCUGAAGAGGAGGACGGUUCUCGCUAUGCAACAGACCAGAGCCUUGCAUCGGCCGUGAGCAAGAAAGCAAAGACACCGCAGUAG